CUGCACUCUACCCAAACCCUUACACGGCUUCUCUCUUCUCACCCGUCACCUCUCACUCCUCUGCCAUGGCUCAUGGCUCAACCCAGCGGCGACAGACCCCUUACACAGACCCCAUUGCUCGAAGAGAUCAUCCUCCACAGCAACCACCGAUUUUGUCCAUCACAAACAUUGUCCAUCACACAGAUCGUUGUCCUACGGCUAAGUUCUCUUCUCCUUUCAGUCGCUUUGCCUUCUCGCAUACACAUGGCAGAAGACAGCUCAGCCCAGGCCUUGAAAAAGUGAAAAACCUUCUAACAAAGACCGGAGUUCCUUCGAUCACAACUUCCCCAUACGAAUCCCUCCAAAGAGGCAACUGGGUUAAGCUCAUUUGUGGUGCGAGCUUCGAGGAUGUGGUUGAUAUCAGGAAUCUUUCUCUGGUGUACUCUCUAGCUGGAGUUGGUUGCAUUGAUUGCGCUGCCAAUGCAUCGGUGGUGAGUGCGGUGAAUGAAGGGAUUGAAGCAGCAAUAGGUAUUGUACCCGUUAGAAGGCCUUGA